GGUGCGGUUGUGCUUUUUAAACUUCUCGCAGUCGAAAUAGUGCGUAAAUAUACUAUUACAUACUUACAUACAUACAUGUAUGGUAGUCUAUGCAAAUAUAAAGUGUAGCCUUAACUCGUGUCGGUUAUCUAAAUAGUUCACUUCGCUUUGUAAAACCGCCGGGCAAUUCGGCUACGUAUGUACAUAUAUACAAUAACAGUUAAAAGAUGAAGUGGUUAAAAAAUAUAAACGCAAGUUUUUACUUAUAUUUAUAAGCGCCUGAAAUUAGUUUGCGUCUGCACAAAAACAACAAAAUAUUAACGAAAAAUAUAAUAAUAAUUAAUAAAUUUAAUCGAACGCUGUCGGCAGUCGUUUUGCAAUAUAGCCGUCGGUGCAUAACAUACUCUGAUCAAAAAUGAGCCAAUGACUACCGCCAAGUGAACUCUAAAGUGAAUAUUCCACAAAAUAAAAAUAUUUACAUAAUUUAUGAGUUUAUUCAAUAUAAUUUUCUUGUUCCUUUACAUCUACAUCUAUCGUUUGACGUGUAUUCAACACAUAAAUUUGUAAACAUAUGUAUGUGCAUACACCACAUGUAUAUAUGUUAUGCGUUUGUAUGUAUGUAUGUAUGUAAUUACAAAAUUUUAUUGAUGUUUGUACAUAGCCUUCAUUAUAUUAGCAUUAGAAUAGUGAACGUGUUGCAUUAGCAAUGAUGCAAACUUUGAAACCCCCACCCCCACUACUACAACACCACCAUCAACACAAGCCGCAUACACACCCGCAGCCACAACUGCCGCCGCCGCCGCCGCCGCAGCAGUCUCAUUCGUCAUUGGCCUCGUCAUUGCUUAGCAGCAACAUUUCUAUUAUGAAUAAUCAUAUCCAUCAACAGCAACAGCAACAACAACAACAACAACAACAACAACAACAAUCGCAUCCUUUGAUGCAUCAUAAUCAUCAAAAUCCACAAACGAUGAUGCAUCAACCGCAGCCCAGUCACCUAAUACCCCCUGUACCGUCGUUACCUCUGCUGCCCACCUUGCCUGCCUUGUCUUCUGUAUUGCCGCCACCGUCAUUGGCAAACUCACAAGCUCCUACAAUAAUGAAUAGCAGCAUAGGCAUAGGUAAAGGUAUAACGACGGGCAGCAGGAGUAUUCUACAACAUAAUCACAAUUCAAGUCAGCAAACACAACAACAGCGGCAGGGUAGUAGUAAUGUUGUUGCCACUGCUGCUGCGGCUGCCGCUGCUGCUACCGGCGUCCAUCUUGACGAUGAGCCAAAUCCAGAAAUGGUGCUCGCUUUGAUCUCAAGGAAUCGUGCGCUCGAGGCAACUAUACCAAAAUGCGGAGGCUGUCACGAACUUAUACUAGACCGUUUUAUUCUGAAAGUGUUGGAGCGAACGUGGCAUGCGAAGUGUUUACAAUGCAGCGAAUGCCACACACAGCUAAAUGACAAAUGCUUCUCGCGUAAUGGUCAACUCUUCUGCAAAGAAGACUUUUUUAAGCCUACUAGACGAUAUGGAACAAAGUGUUCCGCAUGUGAUAUGGGAAUACCGCCAACGCAAGUAGUACGAAGAGCGCAGGACAAUGUCUACCAUUUACAAUGUUUUCUAUGUACAAUAUGCUCUCGAACACUAAAUACCGGUGAUGAAUUUUAUCUUAUGGAAGAUAGAAAACUAAUAUGUAAACGUGAUUAUGAAGAUGCGAAGGCGAAAGGUCUCUAUUUGGAUGGCUCAUUAGAUGGUGAUCAACCCAAUAAACGACCUCGGACAACAAUUACGGCAAAACAAUUAGAAACACUCAAAACAGCCUACAAUAACAGCCCCAAGCCCGCACGACAUGUACGAGAGCAACUUUCACAAGAUACCGGUUUGGACAUGCGAGUCGUUCAAGUUUGGUUUCAAAAUAGGAGAGCGAAGGAGAAACGACUGAAGAAGGAUGCUGGACGAACGCGUUGGAGUCAAUAUUUCAGAUCAAUGAAGGGUAAUUGCUCACCGCGAACGGAAAAAUUCCUCGAUAAGGAUGAAUUGAAAGUAGACUACGACAGUUUUAGUCAUCAUGAUUUAAGUAACGAUAGCUACAGUACGGUCAACCUAGGUUUAGAUGAAGGUGCUUCACCACAUAGCAUAAGAGGAUCAUAUUUGCACGGUAGUUCCAGUCCACCGCAAUAUCCUACUAGUCGAUCGCCACCACCCGUAGGGCACAAUCACUCAUUUGGUUCAUAUCCUGAUAAUAUUGUUUAUACAAAUAUAGAACACAGCGCAUCAUCGAAUAAUGUGGCUGCGUCAAAGGCACUACGAGUACAUGGAAGUGCCGUUUCGGAUUUAAGUAAUGAUUCAAGUCCAGAGCAGGGCUAUCCUGACUUUCCACCAAGUCCUGACUCCUGGCUGGGCGACUCAGGGAAUACAUCGAAUCCGAGUUCACAAACACCGGGCGUUCAUUACUGAUAUUCGUGCACACGCAUAUUGCUUAAUUAUUUGCAAAUGCGCAAUUUCACUAUUUGGCGCGCCAAGCAGAACGAACCACAAUUCAAGUUCACACACAAAAUCCUAUAACAUUCAACACAUCAUACUAAUUGCUGUUAAAUUAAUAGAAAUGAAUAUUUCAAUAUUCACAAUUCCGGUUA